GUUGAGCAAGCCUUUCUAGUUGGCCUACUUCUACUAAAUCCCCCUUAAUUCUAUAAACGUUCACUGACACACCAGUUUAUAAUUUUUUUCCUAUAUUCCAGGUCCCCCAAGACCCGCUUUGUCGACACCAUGGCCUCCAUGUCUACGGAAUACUCCAAGGAGCAGGUGAUCGCUCUGGCAAUUGUAUUCAUGAUAUUUCCCAUGAUAUUCUACGGACUCCGAGUAUGGGCUAGGCUACUGAUCAGCCGCUUUAUGUUGGAUGACUACCUCGCUGGAGGAGCACUCAUCCUUUCCAUCUGUUGCUCUUCUUUGCAGUUGGCAGCGGCCUUUCGUGGACACUUGGGUGCUCACCAGCCACUACUCCUCGAUGGAACAGCCGACAUGAACGAUCCAGGUCUAUCAUUCUUUGAAGAUUCUAAGUUUGCCAUGAAUAUGCUAUCGAUUCUCGGCCUCGGUCUGGUCAAGUCGUCCAUUCUUGUCCUAUACCUCCACCUCUUUCCCAAUGCCUUGUUUAAGAGGGUUGUGUUUGGCAUGCUCGUCUACGUCAUCAUAUGGACGGUCAGCUUCUUUUUCUCGCACCUCUUCACCUGCUACCCCAUCACGACCUUCAUCGAUUUCUUCGAGGGCAAGAACUGCGUCAACCAGACGGCCAUGUUCCUUACGGUCCUAUACACCAACGUCAUCGCCGAUUUGGCGAUUUUGAUCCUGCCGAUCCCCUUGGUGAUGCGCCUCCAGCUUAAGCUCAAGACCAAGAUUGCUGUCAUUGGAAUGCUUAGUCUAGGGGCCGCAACCUGCGCCGUCAGUCUCACCCGCGUGAUUGCCAUCUACGGCGUCGCCCAGGAAUAUAUCAAACAUCCCAACGAUAUCAUUUAUUAUACUGCUCCGGUUUUUUACUGGACGAACAUUGAACUCUCAAUGGCCGUAGUUUGCGCCUGCCUACCGACGCUAAGACCUAUCUGGACCCAUUUCUAUCCCAAAAAAACCGUUACCGGGAACACCUCGUACGAGCUCGGCUACGGCUCUGGCAGGAAGGUUCUCAGGAAGAACAAAGCUAAAAAUAAGACAUAUAUGGAGCUGAAUGAAGGGGAACUCAAUGCUGUCGAGUCUUCCAGGCCGGAGCAGCCCUUCGGCAGGAAUAUUAUUAAGGAGACGGUGAUAUCUCAGACGGUGGAACUUGCGGUCAGGUGAGGCUGGAUUGUGGCCUGAGGAGUAGGCUCGAUGUAUGAUCACUCGUGGGGCUGCUAGCAAAAGGCCUGUAGACUAGGCCUUGGUAACGCGCAGUACUGUAAUUGUCGCAUUAAAUAAUCAGAUAAAUCUCGUCGUCACAUGACAGCUAGCGCUGAGUCAGCGAUAGGAGCAGGAUAAAAGAGCUUCC